AUGGCUGAGAAGGUGGUGACUCUUCUGGACUUCUGGCCUAGCCCAUAUGGGAUGAGAUGCAGAAUCGCCUUGGCAGAAAAAGGCAUCAACUAUGAGUACAAAGAAGAAGAUCUCAGGCAAAAGAGCCCUUUGCUUCUCCAGAUGAACCCUAUUCAUAAGAAGAUCCCUGUCUUCAUUCAUAAUGGAAACCCCAUCUGUGAAUCACUGAACAUUGUUCAAUACAUUGAUGAGACUUGGAAGGAUACAUCUCCCCUGCUGCCUUCUGAUCCUUACCAGCGAGCUCAAUCCAAGUUUUGGGGCGAUUUUGUCGACAAAAAUGCAUUUGAAGUGGGAUCAAAGAUAUGGCAGACCAUAGGAGAAGAGCAAGAGGCAGCGAAGAAGGGUUUUAUGGAAUGCUUGAAAUUGUUGGAAGAGGAGCUUGGUGACAAGCCUUUCUUUGGGGGUGAGACCAUUGGGUUUGUGGAUGUGAGCCUUAUCCCCCUCUACUGCUGGUUCCCUGGCUAUGAGAGUUGUGGGAGAUUCAGCAUUGAAGGUGCUUGUCCAAACGUGAUUUCUUGGGCCAAGAGGUGCAUGGAGAAGGAGAGUGUGUCCAAAUCGUUUCCUGAGCCUCAGAAGAUUUAUGAAUUCGUUAUGCAUCUCAGGAAGGUUUGGACUGAGUGA